AAAGAAAAGAAGCUAGCAUGUCUGAUGAGACCUGGCCACCGAAAGUAUUUGGUUUCCCACUAACAGAGCAGGAGGACAGAAAAUUCAGAUGCCACUACUGCAAACGAGUAUUCGGGAACUCGCAGGCCUUAGGAGGCCAUCAAAAUGCCCACAAGAAAGAGCGUCAGAGGGCGAGGCGUUUCCAAAUCCACACUCAUAGACGCGCCAUUGCAGCAGCAGCAUCGAUAUCUUCUCAUGCCAUAAUAACAUCAGUACCCUCCAUUUACUUACGAGGACACCCUCCUACUCCUACUUCUCUUCUACCCAUCUUCGAUCCUCAUCGUCAACCCAAUAACACUAAGCACUUCCCAUCACGCCCUACUUUCAUUCCUUCUUCUUCCAACUACCACCUUACUAAUUACACUCAAUGCUUUCCUUUUCGGCUUUAUGCCUCACCCACUCAUGUACUGCAAUCCUCUACUCCUAAGGUCCCUCAUUUUUCUGCUCAGGGGGAAGUUGAUGUCCAUCUCAAAUUAUAACUCUCACAUUUAUUAUUACUUUGCUCCAAAUCCUACAUCUCUUUUUUCUCGCCCUAAUUAAGAUUAUGAACUUGUUUUUCCCAAUUAUUUGAUCGGAGAGUUGGAGCUCAACAGUACUCGCAUUGUGUAUGUAUCUAAUGCUUAUGAGAAGGCUUUAAAACAUGAUC